AUGGUCAAGCGCAAGUCUAGCUUCGUCGCGAGCGACAACUCCAGCGGCGACGAGCAGCCGGCAAAGACAUCCAAGAAGGCCAAGCAGGAGACCAAAAAGGGCUCCAGCUCUAAAAAUGGGGCAAAUGUCGACAGUGAAGGAAACACCUUCUUCGAGCUCUCCGGAAAGAGGCGCGCUGUCGUCCAGCAGUUCCAAGGAAAGUGGUUUGUGAACCUCAGAGAAUACUACGAGGACAAGUCGGGCGAGAUGAAGCCCACAAAGAAGGGAAUUAUGCUCAACGUCGAGCAAUAUCAAGCCCUCGUGGGUGCCGUGCCCGCCAUCACCAAGGAGCUGGGCAAGCAUGGCGUCAAGGUUGCCGGCCAGGGCGGCGAUGCUGUGGAGGACGAUGCCGAGGAAGAGGAUGAGAAGCCGGCCAAGUCAAAAAAGAAGGAGUCCAAAUCCAAGAAGGCCAACAUCGAGGCCACCAGCGACGAGGAAGAGGACGAUGAGUAG